GACGCUGAUAUUUAUUAUGUUAAAGUAAGCGGUUUUCUUUUGGAGCUGAGAGGAAGAAGGGAGUACUGAGAGUGAGAGUUCAGAAGAGAGAGAGAGAGAGAUGGAGAUUGGGUUCUUGGGUUUGGGGAUAAUGGGGAAGGCCAUGUCAAUCAACCUGCUACGCCACGGUUUCAAGGUCACUGUUUGGAACAGAACUCUCUCCAAGUGUGAUGAACUUGUGGAACAUGGUGCUUCUGUUGGAGAAACUCCAGCAGCCGUAGUCAAGAAAUGCAAGUAUACAAUUGCAAUGUUAUCCGAUCCUUCAGCUGCUUUAUCGGUCGUAUUUGAUAAAGAUGGUGUUCUUGAGCAUAUUAAGGGAAAAGGUUAUGUUGACAUGUCCACAGUUGAUGCUGAUACAUCUUCCAAGAUAUCUGAGGCCAUCAAAGCAAAAGGCGGUUACUUCCUUGAAGCUCCUGUUUCAGGUAGCAAGAAGCCUGCAGAAGAUGGCCAACUAGUUAUACUUGCUGCAGGAGAUAAGCCAUUGUAUGAGGAAGCACAUCCAGCAUUUGAUGUACUGGGGAAAAAAUCUUUCUUUCUGGGUGCAGUUGGAAAUGGUGCAAAAAUGAAACUUGUUGUUAACAUGAUAAUGGGCAGUAUGAUGAAUGCUUUCUCUGAGGGACUCACACUAGCUGAAAGAAGUGGUUUGAACCCUGGAACUCUUCUUGAUGUGCUGGAUCUUGCUGCCAUAAGUAAUGCCAUGUUUAGAUUGAAAGGACCCUCGAUGCUCGGAAACAAUUACUCCCCAGCUUUUCCACUGAAACACCAGCAGAAGGACAUGAGAUUGGCUCUUGCCCUUGGAGAUGAAAAUGCUGUACCAAUGCCUGUAGCAGCUGCAGCAAAUGAGGCUUUCAAGAAAGCGAGAAGCAUGGGAUUGGGAGACCUUGAUUUUUCAGCAGUACAUGAGACUUUGAAAGCUCUUGACCAUUCUUCUUGACAAAAUAACUUCCGGAAUUCAAACUAUUGGAUGGGCAACAGUGUAAUGUGAACCAUCUAUUUAUGAAAUUGCUGUUUAAACACAGGUCUGUAGUUUGAAUGUACAAGGACAUGGGUUUAGUUCAACUCGUUGUAGUGAUGAUGGUUUUGGCCAUCUGUUCAUUUACAUCAAUGUUUUAGUUUAUCUGAGUGGUUUGAAUAGUUUGCCAUGUGCAUUUUAUGAAGCUUCUUCUGGUAUUCAUCUUUGUUUCUGGUGUAUCAGCCAAUACUGCUGGCAUCAAACGUUUGCUUUGAUUAGGUUUAAUUUAUACUAAUAAUUG